UUUCUGCAGUCCAAACCGUGCGAACAUCCGAUUGUACUGGCCAAAGCUGUACCAUGCCACGUUUUACUGUGCAUGUAAGGGAUGAGUGGCUGACCGUCCCCUGUAAGGACGCGUCCUACUCCAUAAACUGGUUAGGAGUGGAGGCUCUCAAACGGUAUGCCAAGAACAAGCCUGAUAAUGGAGGAAUCCCAAAUAUCAAAGACGUGCGCUUUGUGGCCAGGAGGUGUCAGGGACAGGGACUGUUGGACGGUGAUGAUACAAUAGAGGAUGUCUUGGAGGACAAUGACUUUGUGGAGCUCGAGAUUGAAGGAGACACCAUGUCUUCUGACUUCAUUCCCAGCCAACCUGGAAUGUCAUAUUUAAUAAGACCCUACAGAGAGCCAGACGAGUACAUUUUUUUAGAUGGCAAUAGUCUGUGUUCCACUGACCUAGUCAACCUAGGACGAGGCCGCUACAAGAUUAAGCUGACUCCCGAGGCUGAGAAAAAGGUUGAGCAGUCAAGAGAACUUCUGGACACCAUAGUGAAAGAAAAGAAAGUUGUGUAUGGGAUCACCACAGGAUUUGGGAAGUUUGCACGGACAGUCAUUCCUAUCAGCAAACUCAAGGAGCUGCAGGAGAACCUUAUUCGCUCACACUCAGCAGGUUUGGGCAGUCCUCUGAGCCCUGAGCGGACACGCAUGCUGCUGGCCCUCAGGAUCAAUGUCCUGGCUAAAGGAUAUAGUGGCAUCUCUCUGGAAACUCUCCACACCAUGAUACAGGCCUUCAAUGCGUCCUGUUUGUCGUUCGUUCCUGAGAAAGGCACGGUGGGUGCCAGCGGAGACCUUGCUCCUCUUUCUCACCUCGCACUGGGGCUGAUGGGAGAAGGGAAGAUGUGGUCACCUAAGAGUGGGUGGGCUGACGCCAAAUACGUUUUGGAAGCUCAUGGACUGAGGCCCAUAUCACUGAAGCCAAAGGAGGGUCUGGCUCUGAUUAAUGGGACACAGAUGAUCACCUCGCUGGGUGCAGAGGCCGUGGAGAGAGCAGAGUCUGUGGCCAGACAGGCCGACAUCAUUGCUGCACUCACGCUGGAGGUCCUGAAGGGGACCACGAAAGCGUUCGACAGUGACAUUCAUGAGCUGCGUCCACACCUGGGGCAGAAGGAGGUGGCCUUGCGUUUCCGUUCUCUUUUGGACUCUGAUCACCACCCCUCAGAGAUUGCAGAAAGCCACAGGUUUUGUGACCGAGUCCAGGAUGCAUACACCAUGCGCUGCUGUCCCCAGGUCCAUGGCAUCGUUAAUGAUACAAUUGCUUUUGUGAGAAAUAUCAUCAACACAGAAAUUAACAGUGCUACAGACAACCCUAUGGUCUUUGCAGAGAGAGGAGAGACCAUUUCUGGAGGCAACUUUCAUGGAGAAUAUCCUGCAAAGGCUCUAGAUUAUUUGGCUAUAGGAGUACAUGAGCUGGCAUCUAUCAGUGAGAGACGUAUUGAACGUCUUUGUAAUCCAUCUCUCAGUGAGCUACCUGCCUUCCUGGUCAACGAAGGAGGACUGAACUCCGGCUUUAUGAUCGCACACUGCACUGCUGCAGCCCUCGUUUCUGAAAACAAGGUGCUGUGCCACCCCUCCUCAGUGGACUCUCUGUCCACCAGCGCAGCUACAGAAGACCAUGUGUCCAUGGGUGGCUGGGCUGCCAGGAAGGCCCUGAGAGUGAUUGAACAUGUGGAGCAAGUACUGGCUAUUGAACUUCUGGCAGCUUGUCAGGGUAUAGAGUUUCUCCGCCCACUCCGAACCACAACGCCAUUGGAGAAGGUUUAUGACCUUGUACGCUCUGUGGUCAAGCCCUGGAUAAAAGACAGGUUUAUGUCUGCUGAUAUUGAAGCCGUUCACCGGCUUCUUGUAGACCAGAAAGUUUGGAACGUUGCUAAGCCAUACAUUGAGAAGUACUGCACUGAGCUCUUGCCUGAAUCGCGUCCGACUUCUCCCACCGCCUUCUCCCUGGAGCCCCCACCUUCACCACGAAAACGAGUCCGACUUGAGUGACCAAGAACCCACUGAGUUACACAAAAUACUUGCUAUAAGCUUUUUCAUGUGCUCAGUGCUGAUUAAUGUCUUUCUUAUUACACAAAAGAUUAGAAACAUGUUGUGGCAAAUGUGCAAAAAACAUUUGAUAUGCUGUAAUCCAUUGUAGUGUGUGAUCUGAAGUGUCAAUGAACAUUAAAACACAUCCGGUCUUCAUUCAUCAGGUUUAUAUCUAUGAAACCAUUUUAAUGUCAGUCCUCACUUCUCCUCUGUUAGCUCAGGAAACAUUUUAAACUGGGGUUAAAAAGGAAAUCUUUUGGUGUCUCAAGUGUUGUGCAAGAGACUCAGGCAUCCGUGAAAAUGAUACAGUCGUGAGCAAAAGUUUGUGCACACAUGAUCAAAUGUUUCACAUGUUUUGUUGAUUUUAAAAGUGAACACAUUUAAUUUUAUUGUACAAUUGCUAUUUA